UCCUUUCAUCUUAUAUUGUAAGGAGAAAGGCGUUUUGGUGGCCGAGCUACCUGAAGGCCGGUAUCUGGGUCGUGGUUUAUCGCGCUAUAAUGUGUGCUGCUUUAUUUUCGUUUUUUUGUACAGUCGCCAUUAAGUUGAAAUACAUCGGUGCCAUCAUAUCCAGUGAUGCGUUUGUACACGGGCCAGUUCAGUAUCUUCUGCACAUACGUCGUAUAGCUUCCCAUUUACUUCGAGAGUGAACACCUUUUCUGCCUCGCUAGGCCAUUCAUCCUCUUAUGGCGGCAGCUGGGUUUGCGACAGAUCGUCAUGGAUGGGUUGGAGUUCUUCUUCGAGGAAGCCGAAUCAGGACAAGCUCCAUCUGAUCUUUCAAUUUAGACUAGUUUGUUCUAGAGUAUAUGUCCUACGGUAGCUAUCGUUUUUUGGUUCCACUGCCCCAUCGUGUCAGAUCUGAAAAGGAUGAUUUCCUGUGGUUCGUUGCAGAUUGGUUCCAAGGGUGGAUGUCGGUUAUCUUUUAGGGGGAGAUAUCGCUGCUGUGGAAUCGGUCGUUGCUUCAAUCCAUGAAGCUUGCCCGGACCACGCCGAUUUCAUUUCCUCAGAGCCCACGGCUGGCGUCAGGGAUGCAGAGCACUCCCGCAAGCGGCGGCGCCUUGAGGAUGCAGCGCUGGAUGGAGACGAGAUUGACUCAUACAAUGAUGCUAGUGAGGUUCGUUGCCAAUUCAAACGAUAUGCCUCCUGAAGAUAUCAGCGAUGCAACCGUCAGAAAGGAGGAAGAUGCAGAGGGCAUGUUCGUAUCCAACUCAAAUGGCUCCAGUUGGACUCGAAGAACUAGGAUCGGUAAGGCAGCAUAUGAGAGGGAAAUUAAUCCAAGCAGGUUCCUGCUCUCGAGGUUUCAAUACAUGCUUAUACUGAGAAAAAAAACUGGUGAUGAUCCAACUUGGGUUCCAGGAGGUUCCUCGGAAACAUGUCUUGAAACGUUGGACGAGGGAAGCAAGGUAUAUUUUGCCAGCAGAAUUUUUGCGCUACUAGAAGGAUCAAGGUCCUCUGAAGUACUCUUCACGGAGACAUAACAACCUGCAUUUGUUGUGCCUAGAAAUUGUCAAGCUAGGCCACAACAAUGUCGAUGCAUAUAGUCUUGCUAUGGAGCAGCCGAGAGAUGUGAAAACAUUACUGGAGCCUGUUGCUGCUAUACGCGAUGGUAUGGGGAGAAAUGGCAGCUGAUUCUGCAGCUUCAGAGACAGGGAAUAAACAACAUUUUGGUCCAGCAAAGCAAGCGCAUAGUGCAUUAGAAGGUUCUGAUAGUUUUGCAGCACCUUCAAAGAAGAGACCAACUGCCUAGCACAAGCCGCGAUAAGGCACCACACGAGCAGCCAUCUGAAAGGACUAGAUUUUGUUCCAUAUGCAGGGGUCAAGCCAUCAAAGUCACAAGAGCACCACCUGUCCGCAACGACGUGAUCUUCCAAAGGCACCGAGAAGGUUGCCUCGAUGCUCCAGAUGCAACCUACGAGGUGACAGGAAGAACACUUGCACCUACCAACCCAAGCAAGAUUUUCAAGAUUGAUUUUCAGUACUGCUUAUGCUUGAAAUUCAGUUUGCUAGUUGAAUAAUCAACUGUUUGUCAAAUGCAAGAUUUUCAGAACUGCUUGUGCUUGCAUAGUUGUGAGCUUGUUCCUAUGUAUGUGUCGCUAUUGUGCAUCACUUGUUUUUAAAAAAUCAUGUAAUGCAUUGACGUUGUCAUGGUGUUGUGUUCAAGAGUGCGAUUUAACCGCUGGAUUCUGCUAUUGUUGUUUCUUGGUUAUAUUUUCAUGGGCGUAGUCCGAUGUUUGACGGAACCGGAUCCUCUGCCGUGCCGCUGGGCACGGCACAGGUACCGUGCCUUCUUACGACGACCCCAGCGACGCACUGAUAUGGGCCAGAAAAAUAACAAAGCCCAUUCACCCAGUCAUCCAGCCCGAUCUACCAAGCCGUUCUGGCGCCAAAAUACGCCGCUCCAUCGUCUUCUGGCGCCAAAACACAGAACAGAGCACCCUGAGCGCGCUAAGGCGGCCGAUGCGGCGGAGCUUGCACUCCUCCCUCACGAAGCGUCGCGAGCACGUGCCGGCAGGUCAGUCGGAACGAUUUGAUGAUUCUUCCUUUGGGGCCGUCACAUACCCUUGAUUGAUCGACCUCUUCUCUGAGCGCUCCGCCGGCCAGGCUGUGCUCCUACUUCGUCGUUCAUACCAGCCAAGGAAUUCCACCAGCCAAACCCUCCACACACUGUGAAAAGCCUGCAAUAUUUGUUGGCCUCUGCCAUUCUUCAUUGCUCAUCAGAUGGAAAACCAGACCAGUACAAAUUCAAACAAAAUUGGUGAAGAGGACAAUGAAGGAGCGAAUAAGACAAGUGGCAUACCUAGCUGGGCACCACAGAUUGGUAUGAGAUUUAGCACUUUGGAAGAGGCCUGGAACUUUUGGGAGUAUUACGGAGGUCGAAUUGGGUUUGGUGUCAGGAAGAGGUAUGCAAAUCCAAGUAAGUUUGACGGUAUAAUCACAUCAAUCAGAUUCGUGUGUCGCAAAGAGGGACAUAAGAAAUCAGACAAAAGAGAUCACCUGAGUAAGCAACCUCGAGCUGAAAUUAGGACCGAUUGCCCAGUUCACAUUGGCCUUACCAUAGACCGAGAAGUGGGGAAUUAUGUAGUUUUUGAUCUUGUUCUCGAGCACAAUCACAAGCUGCAAUUGCAGGAAACAUGUCAUCUUUUGCCAUCACAGCGGAAGAUUUCUGAAAUUCAAGCUUUUGAUAUUGAAAAUGCCGAUGAGUCCGGUAUUGGGCCAAAAGCCGCACAUGAGCUAGCUAGUCGACAAGUUGGUGGAUCUUUGAAUCUUACAUACACUCCUCGCGAUCACAAAAAUUAUUUGCGUAGUAAGCGGCAAAGGGGGCUAAUUUAUGGUGAAGCAGGGAGUAUGUUGAAAUAUUUUCUGGAUAGAACCAUUGAGAAUCAAUCAUUUGAGUAUGCCAUACAACUGGACUGCGAAGAACAAAUUGCAAAUAUUUUUUGGGCUGAUGCUAAAAUGAUCAUUGACUAUGCUCAUUUUGGUGAUGUUGUCACUUUUGAUACAACCUUCGGAACAAACAAGGAGUAUAGACCAUUUGGGGUAUUCCUUGGAUUCAAUCAUUUCCGAGAAACCGUUGUUUUUGGUGCUUGUCUUCUAUAUGAUGAAACUUUUGAUUCUUUCCGGUGGUUAUUUGAUACUUUUUUGUCAACACACAACAAGAAGCAACCUAGGACAAUAUACACGGAUCAAGACACUGCAAUGGGAAAUGCAAUCAAGGAUGUAUUUACAGAAGCAAGGCAUGGACUAUGCACUUUUCACAUAAUGCAAAAUGCCAUCAAACAUUUGUCUGCUCAUUGCACUAAAGAAUCAAAUCUUAUUAAGGAUUUUAGGGCUUGUGUGUUCGGGUAUGAGGACAAGGAAACAUUUGUGGAGGCUUUCUACACCCUGAGAACUAAGGUAGAGAAGCAAACUUGGUUUGAUAGCAUCUAUAAAGUAAGAGAAAAGUGGGCUGAAUGUUAUAUGAGGGAUGCUUUCACCUUAGGGAUGCGAAGCACGCAACUAAGCGAGAGCCUAAACAAUGACUUGAAACUCCACCUGAAAUCGGACCUUGACCUUGUUCGUUUUUUCAAGCAUUUUGAAAGGGUUGUGAAAGGGAAACGAGACAACGAGUUGAAUUCGGAGUAUGAGUCCAGAGAGAAACUACCUAGAAUCAAAAUAACUACACCGAUGUUAGUCCAAGCAAGUGAGCAACCAGAGAAUGAGAUUCAGCAACAAAUGAAAGGGCGGAAAAGACCAACCAAAGCUAAGAAGACACAACAGCAAGAGAAUGGAAUCAAGAAAACCAACAAAGGAAGGAAAAAGGCUACGAAGACCACCAGUGCACAUGACUUGCCUAUGGGUUCCCAGCAACACAAAGAUGAGACCCAUUCAUUGACAGAAAAAGAUACUGGGAGCAUUGAGAAUGAUUUUCAUGGUUAUGGAUGUAUUAAGAGUUACACUGAAUUAUUGAUGGGUUCUAGUGUCGAACAACUGUACGUAAAUGACAUGUUUCUAUCAGAUCCCUUUUGUCAUCAGUAGACUUGAAGAUCCAUUUUAUCACAGGAGGAAUUGAAGAGUGAUGAAUGCUAAAGAUUGGAUGGAUGCUGCUGGUCAUGCAUUCAUUUUCUUAUAGUGUUGGUCAUGUACUAAUUAGUUAAAUCUGCCCUAGGGAAAACAUGUGGAAAUUCUAGUAUUUUAACUUUUGUACUGCUCUUGAAUUUGUCAAUGCGAGACCAGCAGUUGAUUAA